AACUGCAGAGAGUUUGGUCAAUUUGUGAACUGGGUCUGAAAGAAACGACAAGAAGCCCAAUCGGGGCCGUCGAAGGAGCCAUUCUCCAGGCUCUAUGACGACCAGCAGUCAGUGGGUGUUACUAGACGACGGUGUGUGUUACCCAUGGGGAUCACGAGUUACCGGUGGUAAAGGCACUCAGCGGGUAACGGGGGCCUGAUGCACUGAUGAUGAGAGCCUUGUGCAGCACUGCUGGUGAUCCAAGCACUCGUCGUUCUACGCAAUCCUUGGCCAAUUGCGAGUGCUCAUUAUUGGGUUUGCGUUGAGGGAUCGUGGGGAGGAUCGUAGCGGAAGGGCAGAGCGAGAGUAAGAUACAUGGUGAGGGGAAGAGGUCACAGGAAAGUGGAGACGGUCGUGGGUGUGUUGCGUGCGGAGUACUUUCUUGGUUGAAUUGCAGCUUGAAUAGGUGGUUAUCAAUUGGAGUCUGUAUGUGUGCACCCAGAGGCGGAGAAAAAGUCGGUGGUGUUUUGGCAUGUUGUGGGUGGAUGUGUUGGUAUGUUUGGUAUCUGGAUCGCCCUCUGGGUUUCAUCGCCAAUUUGUUUUUGUUACGAAGGCUUCUAUGUGGAUGGGUGAGAAUGGGGUGAGAGGGCUUGAGACUUUUAACGCUUUGGAAGAUUAUUGAUGUAUCAAGCAUAGUUGAGAAUGUUGUGCACGAGACGAAGGUGAGGUGCGGCUCAUUGAAUGAUGCGCAGAACACGGGAGAAUAUGGUUGUGAACGUGAAUGGAGAGUGACGAUGUCUGCGCAAUGGACAGUGGGCGAGUUGUGUGACUAGCGUAACAGGUCUUGCUUGGAGAAUUACAUUUCAUGGCUCACGCGCGGUUUAGAAGAUACGUGUAAAUUUGCAAAGGCUCUGGAUGAGGCUUUCCACCUGAGAGAGAAAAUUAAUAAGCUUGUAGGAACUGAUGUCGUCCAGACAGAAGGGGAUGAAAGUCCAGACACGAUCAACAAUGGCAUCCGAGGGCGGUUCUAGAAGGCGUAGAGGAUCAAAACAGGAAGAACCAUACCGGGGUCUGAUACCUUCACUUCCAGACGAGCUUGCUCUUCUUUGCUUGGCACGAGUACCACGAGCUCAACAUGCAGUUCUUAGUGCAGUUUGUCGAAGUUGGCGACGCCUCUUACAAACUGGUGUUUUUUAUGACAUCCGACAAGAGCUGUCUCUAACUGAAGAAUGGCUCUUUUUGUGGACUCAGGAUUCCUCAAGAGCCAACGUGUGGCAUGGGUAUGACCCGCAAUCGAAUCGAUGGUUUACGCUUCCACCUUUGCCCAAUGAACAGUGCACUGCUGGGAACUCCGCUUCUGCGGUGGUGGAUGGGAAACUGUUUGUGGUAGGUGGGCAGCUGGACAAUGGCAAUGCAUGUAGCUGUGUUUCAUACUUUGACAUGCAACACUUCUCCUGGAAAUCUGCAGCCCCUCUGACCAUUGCACGGGCCAAAUGCAUGGCAGGUGUUAUCAACAACCAGCUGUAUGUCGUAGGAGGGUUCACAGAACGUGACCAGGACGCAGGACCAACUGCCGAAGCUUACAACCCGGUUAAGAACGAAUGGCGCCUCAUCUCAUCAAUGAAGAUCUCCAUGGAGCUUUAUGACUCUGCCGUUCUUGGCAACAAAUUUUACGUGGUGAACUCUUCUAGCGAGAAUUUGGUUGGGCUUGUUUACGACCCAAAGCAAGAUGAAUGGGUGUACAUGGCCCAUGGUCUUAACACAGGUUGGCAAUCCAAAACUGCUGCUAUGAAUGGUAGGUUGUACGCUGUUGGGGAUUCACACUCACUUGAAGGCAAGAAUGAAAUCUCUGUAUAUAAUGAGAGGAAGGACGCUUGGGAAACCAUCAAGGGGGUUUUGGAGGAUUCUGCGCCUGUUCUGGCAUGGGGCCCGGAGCUUGUGAGUCUUGGUGGGAAGCUUUGUAUUGUUGGAACAGGUUUGCAGCCUCGGAUAGGAGCAACCCGAGCAGCUGUAGCUGUCGUGGAGGUGAGCGAUUCCAAGACCGAACCUGCAAAACCGUCUGCCUCCCUGAAGUUUUACGAAGAUAUUACCCUCAAAAUUCGGUUCUCUGAUCCACUACCACGGGGUGCAUGCCAAGUCUUGGCACUGUGAGAUAGUACGUCUUGUAUAGUUGAAGUGGAAAUGUUUACUGCCGUUUAUCGGUAAAUAGAUCGACCUCAGGCCCUAUUUCAAUCAUGCCAUGAAUCAUUUCGUGGACUUCGAUUUCUUUCUAUUUUUAGAACUGUCAAUAUCUGGAGUUUUGACUUGCCAAGCUCGAGUAGAUGUGUUCAGAGCAGGCUAUGAAAAAUCUCCACAUUAGCUCCUGAAGUUUGUUCAGAAACUUUCAUGUAUUUAAAAUCGCCUUUCCCCUAGGAUUGUGGCCUAUGUGGUCCAACUGGAUCAACGCACUUUUGUUUUUUCUGUCCUAGCUGGGAUCAAUUUACUAAUUCAAGGAAAAUCGUACAUCA